AUGGAACUAGUGUCAUUCGCCAAAGAGGCGCUCCAAGGUGCCGCGGAGCAUGCGGCUAGCUAUCGUUUAGGACAGACGGUCCUACGGUACAUGGACCGGGCGCUGUGGGUCGUUGAGAAGAGCGCUAGAUGGGCUGUGCCGCCACCGCUGGAUCAAGACGAACGCCCGCAGGCCGAGCUUAUCCGUCCCUUGAACUGGGUUAUGUUUCUGUCGCUACUGGUCGUGCUGCGAGUAACGAGAGAGUCCAUCUCAUUAAUAAACCUUGCUCUUGGAAAACCACCACUUAGAUCAGCGGACGUUGUGAGCUACAUCCAGAGUAAGCGUCGUUACCUGCGCACCCUCAAGUAUUCCGGCGGGCGCGCUCUCCGCUGCCGGACGUCCCCCGGCGCGCCGCGCUCUUGGGGCGAGAGACUCGUGCAGCUGUUACAGAGGACCAUGUGCUACAGGAAAUGUGGGGAGCCGCAAGGGGACAGUGAUGAAGUCAUGGUUGUUAAACGCAGCAAGCGUAUCAGACAGGAACCGAACCCUGUACCCUCGGAAACCAGUAUGGAGAGGCUCAUAGAAAAAAUGAUGGUUGAUAUGGAGGAUUCAGAUGAAUCAUCAAGUUAUACUCUCACAAACGUCACGAGUGCGAGAAGCGAUAGAUCAGACUGCACGGAGUCCGAUCAAGAUGCACACAAACACACAAACGCACACAUAGACGAACAAAACAACGAAGAAAUAUCAACGGAACUUCACGGAACUCCACGGAAACGAGAGUCACUAGAUGUAAUAAGGUCGGGACUUAACGGAAACUCCAAAGAGGCGACCAUCGAUUUCAUUCAGACUGAAACAGGACCAGAGAUUGUCGUUCAGAAACAUAAGAAAUUUGCCAAUGGACGAGCGCAAAAUAAUUCUUUCGCUAAAGAAAGGUAA